AUGAAAGACUUGCAGGAUCUGUCGACAGUUUGUGUCACUACUGCAGUCGGCCUUGUAUGUCUAACGCUUGUCGUUCGUACAUGGAUCCGUCCUGAGCGGGUCCCUCUGGGGAUAGAAUGGGCAGGAAGGCGACAAGAGUUCUUUGGCGAUAUCAGGGCAUGUAUGCGUGAAUACACUGGAGGGUUGAAAACAAUGCUUUUGGGUUACAAGAAAUUCAAUCUCCGUGGGAAGCCAUUCAUCUUGCCCGGAACAGGCUUUGAACCUCAUGUGAUGCUACCACCUGAGUUCAUCAAAUGGCUCAUCGACCAACCUGAGGGUGUUCUUUCCCACCGACUGGUUCAAGGAGAAAAGCUGGGUCUUAAGUAUCUCCUUCCGGCUUUUGAUUACACCUCUGAUAUGGCCAUCAUUGAGGCAAUUCGUGUCCAUCUCACCCGAAAUCUUGGCAAAGUGCAGGGUGAUCUCUUUGACGAAAUGCGUCAUUCGGUUGAUCAAAUGCUCGGGUUGGAUGAAACAGAGUCGAAAGAAGUAAAUCUCUAUGACACUUUGAAUGAGAUUGUCUUUAAGGCGAGUGGUCGCAUUCUUUUUGGCCAGGACUUGACUCGCAAUGAAAAAUUCAUGCAUUAUGUCUUGAAGUUCGCGACAUGGUUUGGCAUGGGAACUGUCUUGAUCGGACAGUUGGUUCCAUGGCAAUUUCGACGAUUGGUUGGCUCACUCUGCGCUAUACCAACGGCCUACUAUCGGUCCAUGUGCGCAAAUCAUCUUUGGCCACUAUUUGCUGAAAGAUAUGAGAACAUGCAACGCAAAAGAGAUGACCCGACUUUUGAUUACUCUCCGCCGGAAAACCUGAUAACUUGGAUGUACCGUGCGGCAUUCGAUACGAAAGACCAAGAGAUCACGAGCGGAAAGCCUUUGGCGGCUAGGUUCACGGUCCUAGUAGCGGGGGCAAUUGCAACAUCCGUAGUGACAUCCACUAACGCUCUACUUGAUCUCCUUGGUUCCGACCCUGACCAGGACUAUUAUAGACUCUUGCGGGAAGAGUCAGAAGCAGUUUUCCUAACAGAAAGUGACUGGAACAAUUCCACUUCACUCUUAAAAUUGCAUCGUUUGGAUAGCACGAUUCGGGAAAGUCUUCGACGACAUCCGAUCAUUCUUCGCGGCUUGUCUCGACAGGUGAUGCCCAAGGACGGUGUGACGCUACCGAACGGCCAAAACAUUCCUCAAGGGGCGUGGCUCGGAUUUCCCGUUCCAGCCAUUCAGAACGACAGCCGAUAUUACAACGAGCCCGAUGUGUAUACUCCGUUCCGCUUCUUGCCCACAGAAACGACCAAACGAACUAUGUUGGUGACUACCAGCGAUACUUUCCUUCCUUUUGGCCACGCUAGGCACUCUUGUCCCGGUCGCUGGUUUGCGUCUCACCUUAUGAAGCUGCUCUUUGCGUACAUCACUAUCCACUACGACAUCGAACCCUUGAAGGAAAGACCUUUGAACAUGAUAGUUGGCGAUCACCCAAUUCCUCCUCCAUGGAUCAAGAUUCGUGUCCGUCGCAGAGCGCGUUAUACCUAG